UAAAAAAAUCACAACCAGAAAUAAAUUAAAAAAAAUAACGAGACAACGAACAAGACAUCCCACCCUCAUCCCCACAAAGUACCAUAAUAUUGAACAACCGUUCACGAAGUUGACACAACAGACAAUGAAAUUAUCAGUAACCCUCUUCCAACUUAUCACGGCAUUCAGUGGAGUCACGAAUGCCUUUGUGCCUCGAAGCAGCAAUCAUCGCCAAACACAUGCCGUGACGAUAUCGACGUCAACACUCUACGCCGAAACCGCCGUUUCGGAUGCCUCAUCGGCUUCUUCCAAGCCCACAGUCCAAAAUAUUGGUCUCUUGACUUUUGAUUUGGACGAUACACUAUAUCCGAUCGACCAAGUAGUAAACGAUGCAAAUGGUAUGUGCGCUUUGAUGUGAUUCGAUGGCAUGUCGAGAUUUCGUCGUCUUCAUCAAGGUUCAGGCCAUACGACGAAACACAAGAGAACGCGACGGGCACGGCUUUGCCAUAGUCGAGUUUACUGAGGUGACACACGUCGCAUAAAAGACCUGGAGUUUUCGAUCGACUCUUACCUUUUGCAAUGCGUUCAUGUCGUACUAAUUUUUGUCAUUACAGCCGCCUUUGUUACAGCCAUGGAACGCUUCGGGUUCGAGGGACUCGACGCCUUUGAUAUGGUCAAUACAGGAAAGAUAAUUCGAGAUGAAUUGUCGGCGACAGAUCCCGAAAAGGCAGCUGCGUUGUGAGUUUAAACAGGAAUGGCUGAGAUUGAUUGGUUGUUUAUUUUUCAUCGUUCUGGUUUGUGUUGGUCGAAUGCAGUUUUCAUUCGCAAUCUACCAUUUCUUUUUCUCUUAGUUGUAUCAAUGCAAACCUGUUUGAACUUACAAUUGAAUUUCUGGAUGAUUUUUUUCAAAAUUACUGAACGACCCGAUAACGAUGACGACAGGACCCACACUGAAGUCCGAGAACUUGCUAUUCGACGGGAAAUGGAGAAAAUCAUCUUGGCUCGCAAAUUGCAAGAAUGCGCGGACGACUGGGCCACACCGGUAGAAGAUCUUUCACCCAUUGUACGAAAGCCCGCCGAGCAGUGGGCAAAGGGUGCGGUUUCUGAAUCGGUUGUUCAGCAGGUAUUGACCGCCUGGGAAAUGGAGCGCCACCACUCUGCAGAACGCCACAUAUUUCCGGGCGUCAUCGAUGCUCUCAAACAAAUCAAAAAGGAACACCCCGAUGUAAUCAUUGGUGCCGUGACCGACGGAAAGGCCAACCCGCAAUUGAUGACGUUUACGCUCGCACCCUACUUUGAUUUUUGCAUGUCGUGGGAAGACGAACAAGGAGGCCGACAAAAAUUCUUUGCCGAUUUGAACGGUGUCGAAGGCACCCCCGAAUUGACCUGGAUUUACGACGCAGCUCGACACAAAUACGCCAUUCUGAAAGAAGCACAAUCCGGUAUCAAUGCUGCCAAGCCAUCCGGGAUUGGUUCGGAAGAAAGCGCUAUCAAACCCUUGGUUUGGCCGGAAUCAUACGACGAUCUGGUGUGGGUCCACGUAGGAGACGAUCUCGCCUUUGAUGUUGGCGGUUCGGCGGCUUGUGGUGCCAAGACAAUUUUAGUAGAGUUGCCAAAGAGCAUGGGCCAAACUGCGCCCUUCCGGUUCGAUACCUCCAUCGAACAACCUACCUGGGCGACAACAUCCAAGUCGGAGUUGGAGGCCCGAAUCAAAAUGAACGAGGCAGCCAGAGAGCACGUCACGGUCGAAAUCAACACAUUGGAGCGACUUCCGAUCGCAAUCGAUCAAAUUCUGCGGGACGAUUUGUAAAGGGUGGAUCUGUGCCACAAUUGCCAGUACUACAUUACCGUACUGCAUCUGAUUUAUUUUUAUUAGCAUGCUUGCACAUUGAUACAAAACGACGAUUUCGAUCCGCAUCACCCAGUCAGUCGUGUGUACCGUAUCGCACAUGAAUGAUUGUUCACAUUUUUUGAAUCUUCACAAGAAACCUUUAGAAUCGUGAAAGAAAAAACUACCCUGUACUAAACUACUAAAGUCUAUUCAUAGCUCUCAAUCACUCCGAUGCUAUUUCUAUUCAAUGAAUGUGCGCUUUAUUAAUCACUCGUGGAAGCUGUAACAGAAGCGUCGCUCUUCGGUAGCACCGAGUCGGGGGUAGAUUCUUUUUUUGCAGUGGCGGUAGUCUUGGAUUCUUUUGCUUUGUUUUUUUUGUCUUUUGGCUUCGUUUUGUUUUUUUUCGCUGUUGUUGCAUCGUCCUCGUUGCUCCUGCUGCCGCUGCCCCGGGGCAUCUUGCUCGCCGCUACGACCCUCGAGACCCCCAGCAAAAAGAAAUACGACCCGAUUCCCGUGGCAAUGAACCGAAAGGAUUCCGCGUAGUGAGGGGAGAGCUUGAGCCACCCGUCGACGACCUUUUCAAUCCAUUUUCGGAGCGGACGGUCCCACUUGUCGGAAAACUUGAGGGUAAACACGUGUUCGAUCUUGAUCGUGUCGGGGAGGCUCUCUCCCAACAAGAGCCCGAGGCCGCUGUCGCCGCCGCUGUUGCCGUAGCUCGGGGAGGAAGCCUUGUAGGAAGAAUUGCUCAUUACGAUAGAAUGACGCUUAUUGCCGUUGAUCCAAUCGAAAUAUAUUUCUGUUCCCUUGGGUGCUAUCGAGAACCGAUGUGGUAAUGUCCGAUAAUGAGAUGAUCGAAUCGUACCAUAAUGCAUCCCUUCGUAGGUUCCUACGAAGUAAAAGUACAGAGUUUCGUAUCACACGUGAUCGUGGAUUUUGAUUUGUUCGGCUUCCUUUUGGAUCAUACCGUAGCAUCGAUGAUUGAUUCCCGAGUUUGAUGCUCAUUCGCGAACGAUUUUUUCUCGUUGGACGAACGCAAAUCAAAUCAUCAUAUCCUA